AUGGUCAAGCUUGCUACUAGCUCACUCGCCAUUUUGGCUGCCGUUAUGUCUACCGUUACCGCAAGGAACUGCACCCCCAGCCUCAGCUAUUGUGGCGCCGAGCUUCUCGAUAUUGGAAAUUAUGCUUCCGAGAUUCUAGCGGCGCUCCGGUUGGCUGGCGAACCAACCGACGCACUACAUCGCAAGAAUUCCUUAUUCUACUGCACCGGCGGCAGUGGUGGAGAAGUCCUUUUCGAGGCCUACUGUGGGUUUGGUUGUGUAUGGGGACCGAGUGGUGGAGAUAGUUACUGUCGUGCGUUCGAAUAG